UCGAAGACCCGUAAAAGUCUCCGAAGAUGUCAGGCACGCCGCAAACUAACGAGAUCAGCCUCUUCGUCACCCACGUGGACGGCGACGGGGCUACGCUGAAAAUCUGGGGCCAGGUCGACCGGGACACAGUGGCAUGCGUGGAACGAAAGAUCCUAGCCUUAAUCGAGCGCUUCGGUCAAGGACUUGGUUUGCCCGGGGCUCAUACUAGGCCAUUGGCAUCGGAUAUUCUCUGCUGUGCCAGAUUUCAGAACGAUGGUUAUUAUCGGGCAAGGAUCUGUAGCAUAAGGCCCGAUGGUUCCGUCGUAGUACAGUUCAUCGAUUAUGGUAACGUCGAAGUCCUGACGCCACAUGACAUCAGGCUGCUCGAGGGCAUCCCUGAAUCGGAGAACCUGCAAUCGAUUCAUCCUCUGGCUAUUGAAUUUAUUCUGGCAAAUGUUAUGCCAAUUAAUCGUGCAUGGGAUGGCGAAACCAUCAAGUAUAUCAUGCAGACCAUUAGGUAUACAGAACUGAAAGCCAUAAUACACUCUACGGUUGGUAGUCAUUAUUUGCUAAAGCUAAUAUUCGAGGGACAAGACUUUGGGGAAUUACUGGUCAGCAAAGGAAUGGCUACUGUGGCAACACUGCAAGAUAUGUUCAGGCCAAAGUACUUGCAACAAUCUUUGAACAUUCGGGUAAACGCACACCAAGCAGUUCCUGUGGCUGAGAUGCCAGUUAUGGAUGAAGCAAACGUUGCAAUGUGCCAACAGCUACAGCAAUCGAUGCAACAACCGAUGCAACAACCGAUGCAACAAUCGAUACACCAACCGAUACAUCAGCCGGUACAACAACCGGUACAACAACCGAUACACCAACCUGUACAACAGCCAUUACACCAUGGCAAUUACUUUACCGAAGCCCAGUGUCCAUUGCGUCCUUUGCAAGAGAGUUGGAAGACUUGUGUACCUCAACAAGUUGCUAUACCGCAGAGGCAGUUACCACCGGUGCAACCAGAAGCUCUUGUAUUCAAAACUCGUGUCUUAGAAAUUGGAUCUAUGCAUGAAGUAUAUGUAUCGCAUAUGGAGGAAGGACCUCUGAAGUUCUCUGUUCAGUUGAGAAGCAAUGGCAAGGUAUUGAAGAUGCUUAUGCAAAGUAUUAACUCGUUCAACGUACAACCUCUGCAGGAGCCUCCUCUGCCAGGAUCCGUUUGCCUUGGCCGUUAUACCAAUGAGCAGGUCCUCUGCCGUGCAGUCGUAAUGUCUGUUAUGGAGAACAGAUGCAAGCUAUACUAUGUGGACUUUGGGCAUACGGAGGUCUUACCCUAUAAGGACAUUUUUCAACUACCUCCACAAUUCAUCAAUCCCAAAGUGUUAUCGAUUAGGUUUACUUUAAGCGGUCUGAAAGACAUAAAUGUUACUCAAGAGGUGAAAGAUUAUUUUAAAACCAUUGCCAAAGGAAAGUGUUUUGUCCUGCAAGUUCGUCCACCGGAAGGGCCACCUCUCAUGCAGUACGGUGACCUAUAUGAAAACGGAAUAAACAUAAAAGACAAAUUGAAGGAAAUGUUUGGCUCUAAAGCACUGGAGUAUCAGACCGCGGUUCGACCACGCAGAGGUACCAUUGAAAUGGUUCGACCUUCAUUUGUUGAGUCUUGCUGCAACUUUUUCGUUCAAGCAGAAAGUGGCAUUAAAUCUCUGGAAUCAUUAAUGUCUCGUUUAAAUGAGUAUGCUAAAACAGCACCGCCGUUACAACCAGCUCAGCUGUACGUUGGCUUACCUUGUGCUGCACUCUAUGAAGCGGAUGAACAAUGGUAUCGUGCACAAGUCUUGGACGUUUCUGGAGACCAAAUCAAGGUUCUCUAUGUUGAUUAUGGCAAUGAGGAAAUAGUAACGAUAGCAGCUCUUCGAAUAAUCAACGAAGAUCUUGUAUCAAAAUUAUCAGCUCAAGCGAUAAAGUGCAUACUGAGUGGAUAUCAAUCGCAGUCCAGCACUGCAGAGGUCGACAGUCAAUUUGAAUCAUUGGUCUUCGAAAAGAAACUUGCAAUGUCUGUCAUUGACGAAUUGUCUAAUGCAAUUCUGGUGGAUCUCUUUGAACAAGAAAACUCCAGAAUGGAGAGUAUUCGAUCUCAUCUAAAUGUACCAACGGCUAACAAGCCAGAAAGUACUCCGUCACCGUUUUCUAAGGAUUCUACAAAUUUGAGGCCUGCCCAAAACUUGAAGAUUAGGCAGGAUGGCAGCGAAGGGUGGAACAAAAGAAAUCUAUUAGAUUCCUCCUGUCAGACCAUCGAUAGUGAUGUUUCUUUUGAAAAAGAGAAAACGAAAUCCUGGAAAGAGGAUGAAAAUGAACAGAAAAGACAGAACAAUCGUACACCAAAAGAUAACGGAGAUCAAUCUGUAAGCACUGGACAGUUUGAUCGGUCCAAUCGACUGGACAGAAGAAAUGAUAGGUUCAACAAAGACAAUUCGAGAAGUGACCGGUUUGGGAAAAAUGACACGAAUGAUAGAUACUCUCGAAAUGACGGAAAUACUUUUAACAGAAGUAACAGAGAAAAUCACACUGGUCGACCUCCCAAUAGAUAUAAUGCCAAAGCAGAUAGAGACAACGGAGCACAGUGGAGUGACAAAGAUUCCGAUACAUCCUCCAGAGGAAGUGGUGGUAAACGUGGAAGCGGAAAAGGAGGCUACCGAGAGAGAAGAAAAGACAGCUAUCAAGGAGGGACAGGAAGGAAUGACAGCUAUCAAGGAGGAAUGGGAAGGAAUGACAGCUAUCAGGGAGGAACGGGAAGGAAUGAUAGCUAUCAAGGAGGGAUGGGAAGAAAUGACAAUUAUCAACGAGAUACUGGAAGAUAUCAAGGAAAUAAGUGGAAUAGUAAUUCCGAUAAUGAACGAAGUAACUUCAAAGGAGGCAGAGCAAAUUGUAACGGUGACUACAAAUCUAACGACGGUCACAGAUUUAAGGAAAGGAAACCCUAUGAAAAUAGAGGUUAUGAUGAGCCAACUAAGAGCACCGAAGUCUGGGAAGAUGAUGUAAAUGCUUUGCCAUCGGAGAUCCCUGGACCACUUAAUGGGCUUGAUUGUAUUCCACCACCCAAUAUAACCGUUGGUGCUAUUAAGACCUGUGAUGUCGUCUUUUCCACCAGUCCAACGGACUUUUACGUUCAUCUGUGUCCUGACAAUUUGGACCUUGAACCACUAAUGAGUGACAUAGCAGCAUUCUAUGAGCAGGGUGGUGAACUGUUGAAGGAUUCUAAACUCAAAGUUGGUGUAAAUUGCAUUGCACAGUAUUCUGCCGAUUCGAUGUGGUAUCGCGCAGUUGUGAAUACUGUAGAAGACUCAGGCGUGCUCGUUCAAUUUGUGGAUUACGGUAAUACCGAAGUGGUGCCUCACGACAUGGUGAAGGAAAUACAACCUGAAUUCAAGAAGCUUUCGGUUCAAGCAAUUCACUGCAGACUUUUCUCUGCUAAGAAGUCGGAGUGGGAUGGCGAUGAAAUAAAAAACUUCUCGGAGAUGACCGAUGAGAAGGUCAUUGAAGCAGAAUUUGUGGCUGAAACUAAUGGAGUCUAUGAUGUGUUGUUGCGUGAAGUGAUCGAUGGUAUCCCCAGCGCAGGUUACUUAAAUGAUACUUUCUCUGAUGGCUCCGAUCUUACAUUGGCCAAAGAGAAUACCAGAAACAAAAGUUCGGGGAGAGUUAGCGCCCAGACCGCUGUACCGAACUAUGUUCCUAGUGGCACCAGAUGGACCGAACCUGAUAUCGCUUUAGGUUCCAAACAAGAUGUCAUCGUAACCUGGUUUAUCAAUCCAGAAAAUUUCUACUGCCAAUCGAUUAACGAGCAGUCGAAGUUCAGGUCACUGAUGAACGAAAUCCAGCAGGAAUAUGCAGGACGACGACCAAUUUCUGACCCCUUACAGGUCGGGACGCCUGUAAUAGCAGUUUUUGCGGACGACGGUGCACUUUAUCGCUCAGAAAUCAAGGAACUGAAUAAACCAUUAGGCCAUUUAAUCCAGUACGUGGAUUUCGGAAAUUGCGCCAUAGUUCAGCAAUCUAAAAUGUAUCCCGUUGAGAGGAAAUUCAUACACCUUCCGAAGCAAGGGAUUCACUGUCGCCUGAAAGACAUUCAACCAGCGGAAGGCUCGGCUUGGUCCAAGAUCAGUGCAAGCGAGAUAGACAAGUGCUUCGAUGCAGAACAGUUCGCGUGUACAUUCCACGAAACGAAAGAUGACAAGUACGUCGUUUCCCUUAACAGAAACGGAGCCGACGUAGGUGAAAGUCUGGUUACCAAAGGUCUCGCAUCGUACCAUGCCCCCGAAACUCCUGCUGCUUCAGUUGAGAACGUGAUGGAACGUCACGAUGCAGAGAAAGUGGACAUAACCUUGCUGGAAGGCCAAACUCUGCACGUGAAUGUCUCCAAUGUUGAUAGCGUUAUCAAGUUCCACAUUCAAUUACCCUCUGCCGUGGAAUACGAGAAAUGCGUCGCCCAGUAUAUGGCCAACAAGGAUCCGCAGGUGAUGCGACGAUUGUCGCGGCGCGAGGUGUGCCUCGACGCGGGCUGUCUGGUUAACUCGGCCGGCUCGUGGAGACGAGCUGUCGUCGUAGAGUAUUCGCCACGGGCUUCGCGUUUCGGAGUGCGGCUCAUCGAUACCGGAGCGCGCCGCGAGGUGUCGCUGCGACGCAUGUUCGCACUACCACCGCAGCUAUGGACCGUGCAGAAUCAGGCUAUCGCAUGUAUCUUGAAGGAUGUCCAGUCCUCCAUAGAGACCGAUGAGAGGUUCAAGACUUUGGUGGAGGGCAAGGAGGUUAUUGUUCAUGUCAAUGGAGUUAAGAACAACAAACUUAUCGUCGAAGUUUAUAACGUUUUGGGAGAGAAGGUGAAGAUCGUCGAUGAGUUCGCUGGUUGCAAGAUCUCUCCCAUAUGCCCGAUGCCCAUCCUGUUUCGAUGCCUGAAAGUUCAUGUGGUAUUUAUAAAUAAUGCUAGUGAAAUGUGGCUGCAGAAGGUAUUAGACUUCGGUAAACGUGACGCCUUGCAAGAAGUGUUGAACGAAUACUAUGGAAAUUCUGGUGAGCUAGUGAAUCCAAUGGAAGGUUUAGUGUGUGCUGCACUGAGUGGAGAUGGUAAUUGGUAUCGAGCAGAGGUUAUUGAAAAGUUAGAAAAUGGUGCGAAGGUACAUUUCCUGGACUACGGUAACCAGGAAGAUCUUGGGAAGGACUGUUUCAAGAGUCUGGAGACGCAGUUCUACUCACCUCAUCGAUUGGCUGUCAAAGUCUCCUUAAAGCUGAAGCUGAGGGGUACCAAAGAAGAGCAGUUGAUCGUCUUGGAGGACCAUAUGCUUGAUAAUGAAUUCCUGGCCACGUUUUCCAAAGUCGAUGGCAAAUGGUUCGUUGAUAUGGAACAAGAUGGAAAGAAACUCAGUGAGAUACUGAACGUGUGCGAAGACACUCCAGAGAUAGCUACCAUAGAAAAAAACAAAGUCAGCGAAGCAGUGGUGGAAAACAGUUACGAAGUUGUUGUAUCUCACGCGGACUCGCCGGCCCAGUUUUGGAUGCAGUUGUUAGAAGAAAAGUCUACUUUAGAAGAUUUACAAAGUAAGCUACAAAUCAUAGCUCCAACUUACUCAAAGAUCGAAGGAGUUCCCGAAGAGAAUGCCUUGUGCCUCGCAGUGUACUCGGUGACUAGCCAGUGGCACCGAGCCAUAGUUCUCGACGCCGAUGAGGACAUAACCACGGUACGAUUCAUCGACUACGGGAAUACCGACAUCAUUGACAGCAAAUCCGAGGAUAUCAAGCAGAUACCGGAAGAGUGGAGCUCAAUAAAACCUUACAGUACAAAGUGCAGACUCGACAUCAUCCCAAUAGGAUCUGAAGACUGGACGGAGGCUGCCUGUGAAAGGUUCAACAAUCUAGUUAUUGGUGAGACAAACGUUGUUCGUGCUGUGACCAUUGCCGAGGGCAAUCCAAAACGUGUCGCGCUAUACUCUGGUGAAAUGACCAUCGGCGAUACUCUAGUGCAAGAAGGCCACGCCGCCAUUGCCCACAGCGAGGAAGAUCUGAUCGAAGAGAUCGUUGAAGUGGUGCUGGAUCCUCGCUCGGCGUUUAUUUGUCACAUAGAGUCUCCGCUCGAGUUCUGGGUCCAAGAGGAAAAAUUCGUUUCGGACCUAGAGGUUAUGGCUGACAGAUUUCUAGUGGCUGAGAUGCUUCCUAAACUGGAGAAAGUAGAAGAAGGCAUACUCUGUGUGGCUAAAUUCCCAGAGGAUGAACAGUGGUACAGGGCAAAGGUCGUGUCUCACUGCAGUGACUCCGGUACCGAGGUAUUGUACAUCGACUAUGGAAACUCCGCAGUGUCCAUUGAACUGCGAAUCCUUCCAGAUGAUCUGGCAGCGAUUCCACCUCUAUCUCGAAAGUGUUGCCUCCCUCUACCCGAUGGAGUGGAUAAAUGGUCUCAGGAAGCCUGCGAGAAGUUUGCACAGAUAUCUGCCGAUGGUGCUACGGUAUUCCUUCUGGAUGUCCUGGAGGAGAAGGAGAACGGAACGUCGCUUGUCAAGCUGACAUUGAAUGGAGAGAGCAUAGCUGACAUUUUGGCGGCUUUCUGUGAAUUUCGAGUGCCCGUUUUGGUAGAGAGGUUGCCACCUUUAGGCGAGGAAAACCCUCCCGAUGUCACUGUCAGUUACGUGGAGUCUCCCUCAGGAUUCUGGACCAUGGCAACCGAUAACAAUGCGAAACGAGAAGCCAUUACGGAACGUCUGGCUGAAGCAGAGCACUUUCUUGUACUGUCCACCUUUGAAGAGGGCACGAUCUGUGCUGCCAAGUUUCCCGAAGACGACAACUGGUACAGGGCACGCAUUCUGUCACAUAGUGAGUCUGGUACAGAAGUACUGUACAUCGAUUACGGGAAUAGUUCUUUAUCCACGGAACUCAGGAGUCUACCAGAGGACCUGAUGUCUACCCCAGAUCUUGCCAAACACUGCACUAUGUGCAUGCCAGAGAGCAUCGAGGCCUGGUCCGAAGAAGCCUGUCAAAAAUUCAUCGAUAUUGUAUCUGACGGCGAUGUAAUCUUCCAGGUGGAAGUUGUAGACAAAGAGCAAGAUCCGAUGCGGGUCUCUCUGCGAUUGCAGGGACAGGAUGUGGUGGACAUAUUAUUACCACUGUGCAAAGCUACCGAUAGGUCUGCGGAAUGUGACUCAACGCAGGACAUAAUCUCCAUCGAAGCAACUGCACCUGUAGAUGGUGCGGAGCCCAUCGAAAAGUCAGUUCCUUUGAUUCUCGAUGGUGAAGAAUCAGUCACUACGGUCAGGAUGGGAUAUGAAGAAACCAUCAGCGAAGGCAGUUCGCUUGGAAAUCAGCUCGCAGAGAAAGUUAAAAUCGUUGACGAUGAGAGUGAGACUUUGAGGAAACAAGAAGUCUCCUACGAUGAGAAUCAACCGGAGGAACACCCUAAGGAACAGCAGGCUAAAAACGAUCGUUCGAUAUCAGUGGACUUCCUGUUAAAUACAAUGACGUUGAUGGAAGGAACGGAAGAAACGAUCGCACACUCGUUGAAUGUGGGAAAUUCCUGCAAAAUCGUCGAAAUCCAUGCGACAACAUCUCUCACUACUGACAAGCAGGUUCGACUAGCAGAGCUGGGCGAUGAGCUCGAAAAUGUAGAAGAAACGACCGACAAGUCGAUCGAGCUGACUGUCGACGACAUAAUCGAAACCAUGGCCAUUGAAACGACCACAGAGCGAAGCGAACUCGAGGGAACCUUGAAGGAAUCGAAUCUCGAGCCGGAGGUCGUCUGCCCCGCGGAAGAGCGAAUCGGCACUCCCGCGAAGACGCCCAAAGCGAAUAAAAUCGUGCCUGGCAGCAUUUCUCGUGGCGUUUCCGUGGAGGAAACUUUCUUGGACCUCCCGGAACCGCGAAGCCCUGUCCUGGCAGAAGACAAAAUCGUUCCUGGGAGCAUCAACCGAGGAGACCUUUCGGCGCCGGUCGAUGAGACCGAAAAGUCCGAUGGGAAAGAGACCGUAGCCGAAAGGGAUACCUUCGAGGCUCCUGCUUGUUCCCCUAGGUUCGUUCCUCUGCUCCACCAGGACAAGGUCGUUCCCGGGAGCGUAUCGAGGGGAGUGUCUCCUUGCGAGGACGUCUCGUGUCCGCGCACCCCGAAAACGCCGUAUUCCGAAAAGCUCGUCGCCGGUGUCGUGGGCGACGUUAGAGUACUCGAGGAUCCCGAAGACGACGAGGUCAUGACAAUCGAGGUGGUGGAGAGUGCUCGUGGCACAGUGUAGAUGAUAAUUAAGAUAAUUACUUGUCGAGACACGAGUAGGAUGCCUCAUGAACGGCGCUUGCGAUCCUUUCGUUGUUUCGGUCUGCGCCUGUUUGGAAUAUCGGCUACAGAGAGGGGUCUAAAAGAAUCGACGAAACUCGCAGGAAGGGUCGCACGCGCUCAUCGUUUUUAGGAUCUUAAAGGGAAGAGAGGACAUUGCCUAAUUUUGCAGCUGGACAAAGUGAGACUACCAUUAAGAUGCCAAACUUUAAGGAACCCUUUAGUCUAAGGGAACGAAGCGGUCGCGGUAUACUUCGAUAACGCGUUACGCUGUCGCCUCUGGCCUUCUGUUCGUCGUGCAGAAGUCAUUUUCUAUAAUAUCCUACAUUCUAACUUUCUCUAUCGCUCAUUUUCGCAUUGCGCAUUCGCUCGCAGGUAACUAGCCAUCCAUAGCUUUCUUACUGCGUGACUAGCCAAAGAUUACGGAGCUCGUUGGAGAUUAAUGAUGGGUGCGACGAAAUCGAGCGGACCACUCGAUGUCGUGUAACCGAAGGACUUAAAAUCGAAGAGCAAUUGUCAAUAAUUAUUUCAUCGCGAUACAAUUGUGACGGUUUUAAUGUCGAAAUCCGGUAUGCUUUUAAGUGUUUCUUCGAGCUCGCCUUGGUUUCCUUUAAAGCGGCGACAUUCGCAUACUAAAUGCACAUUUUCUGUUCUUCCAAAUGGUUCCUUUUUGGAAAUUGAUGCUCGGAAAACGACGGGGAACGGGAACUGGGAAAUCGUGGAUGAUUACCGGAAUAGAUUGCAAAGUGGUGCUCGACAAUUGUUUCUUUUUCUUUCGGAUCGGGAGAACACAAAAUGAAAGUGCCUAAUCGUACCAAAAAAUACGAGUGCUAUGUCAGUUUUCUCGUGCAUCCUAUCGGUUUAUAUCGGAUCUUUUCCUAGAAGACUUCCAGUUGCUUUACUCGCCGAGACUUUCGAUGGGAAGAAUGUACUUUCUGUCUAUGGAAAAAAUACAGAUAGGCGAGAUAUUCAUUCACUGGAUAUAUACAAAUGAUUUAAAAAGGAAAAGGACAAUGUUUAAAGAAGGUGGUUCGCUUCGUUCACUGUAGUUCUUUACUGCUGUGGUAAACAAAGACUCGAAUGUAUCAUUUAUUUCCGCUGUUAAAUAAUGCUAAAAUCAGAUCCGUCUUUUAAGUUCACACAUUGAAAAUGCGAAACUAUUCUUUUUUUUUUGUUUUUCUCAUUCGAGAGUCUCCGCAAGGUGAAAGCGUAUAUUCUCUAAGCGCGGUUAUUUGUCAGAAAAUGAAAGUUGUAAUCUCAGAAGCAAAAACCCAUGUACAUAGAAUGCAAAGAGCGAGAAACAUUUUUGUAUGUAUAGUAUCGAGGGGUAUACGCGAUUUCCAUACGGCGUGUAUGGAAGUAUUUACAUAAAUAUAUUAUAUACACUUUAAGAACGCUUCGAGGACGCGUUCCAGCUAUCGUCAUUAUUGGUUUAUACGUUAAUUUCGUUAAUAGAGAUAAUAGGGAGCAUUGUUCACGGGUUAUCGAUAACCGGUCAAUUACUGCGAACGCGAUCUAAGUCGAGCAGUGUUUUGUGGUCAUUAGGAUUAUUGCGACCUAACGAUAAACGGACUUUGCUAGUUUCGUAGACACCUAGUGGGGAGUAGAGUAGAUUCGUCAGUCGUACCGCUUUGUAAUAACUUUAAGUUGAACCUCUGAAGCACCUCAAGUGACCGUCUUUACAUGCGAUGUACUAGACCAUCCAUUACGGAGGUCACAUUGUUCUUUGGAAUUGAAAGCUCUAUUAUCUCGA